AUGCCAGGGGUGCUGGUCUACAACAUAUUCCACCACAAGAGUCUGGGAGUCAGGAUCAAUAUUCGAGUCACCAAGCUGGUGUUGCUUCACAGCCGCCCACAAAAGCUCAAAGUGGGCCAUCAUGGAGAAAGGUCUCUGGAGAGCUUCUGUCAGUGGCAGUAUAGAGAGUUUGGUGGGCCACGGUACCUUGGCACCAACCAUGUUCCUGGUGGAAGGGAUGACAUCCUACCAGUGGAUAGUGCUGUGCUGGUCACCAGGACGGAUUUCUGUGUUCAUAAAGAUGAACCCUGUGACACUGUGGGCAUUGCAUAUCUCAGUGGUGUUUGCAGUGCAAAGAGGAAAUGUGUGUUAACAGAGGACAAUGGACUCAACCUGGCCUUCACCAUCGCUCAUGAGCUGGGACACAACAUGGGAAUGAGUCAUGAUGGGGACCACGCCACCUGCACCGGUCAUUCCCACAUUAUGUCUGGUGAAUGGGUGAAAGGACGAAACCCCAGUGGCCUGUCAUGGUCGCCCUGCAGCCGCAAUGACCUGGAGAACUUCCUCAGGUCCAAAGCCAGUGCUUGCCUACUGCAAACAGACUUCAGGAGCCACUACAAGGUCAAGCUGCCCCCCAAACUGCCAGGCAUGCACUACAGUGUGGAUGAACAGUGCCAAAUCCUGUUUGGAACUAAUGCCACAUUCUGCAAUGACAUGGAGCACCUGAUGUGUGCUGGCCUGUGGUGUUUAGUAGAAGGAGAUGCAUCCUGCAAGACCAAACUGGACCCUCCUCUCGAUGGAACAGAGUGUGGAGCAGACAAGUGGUGCAGGGCAGGUGAGUGUGUCAGUAAGGCUCCCAUCCCUCAGCAUCUGGAUGGCGACUGGAGUCCGUGGAGCCAGUGGAGCAUGUGCAGCAGGACCUGUGGUACUGGAGUCCAGUUCAGACAGAGGAAAUGUGACAACCCUCCGCCUGGACCUGGUGGGCAAAACUGUCAGAAGGCCAGUGUGGAGCACAAAGCUUGUGAAAGUCCACCCUGUCCCAAGGGGGCAACCAGCUUCAGAGACCUGCAGUGUCUAUCCUAUGUCCGACAAGCUGGCAAGAAGAAGGGCAGCAUCAUGACUGCUGUUAUUAAUGAUGAGAAGCCGUGUGUGCUGUUUUGCAGCCGGGUGGGUCAAGAUGUCCCUGUCCUGAUGGCUGACAGAGUGAUGGAUGGGACACCCUGUGGACCAUAUGAGACUGACCUGUGUGUUAAUGGAAGGUGUCAGAAAAUUGGCUGUGAUGGCAUUAUUGGCUCUUCAGCUACAGAGGACCGCUGUGGUGUUUGUAAUGGAGAUGGACACUCCUGUACGAUAGUCAAAGGUGAAUUCAACCACACCAAAGGAAUGGGCUACAUUGAGGCUGUGGUUAUCCCUGCAGGAGCCAGGAGGAUCACAGUUUUGGAGGACAAGCCUUCACCUAGCUUUCUGGCCCUGAAAGAUUCCAGUAAGAGGUCCAUCAACAGCGACUGGAAGAUUGAGCUUCCAGGAGAGUUUGAGAUGGCCGGGACCACGGUGCACUAUGUUAGAAGGGGAAUGUGGGAGAAGAUGUCUGUCAAGGGGCCCACUAAGUUACCCUUGCACUUGAUGGUACUGCUCUUUCAUGAUCAAAGUUAUGGGAUCCAUUAUGAGUACACAGUGUCUCUGAACACAACUCGGCACAAGAACAGUGAGGAGCAGAAGGAACUAGAGUAUCUCUACAUCUGGACACACAGCAGCUGGCAGGACUGUACUGUCCAAUGUGGAGGAGGUGAGCGAAGGACAGUGGUUUCCUGUAUGAGGAUAGCCAAUAAAACCAUGGAGGUGGUCAACGAUAGCUACUGCCAACAUGAGAACCGACCCAAACCUCAAGUUCGACUCUGCAACUAUCACCCCUGUCAGUACUGGUGGGUAACCAGUGAGUGGGGAUCCUGCUCCGUUACAUGUGGUAAAGGACUUCAGCAGAGGGAGGUGGUUUGCGUUUACCACCUACAGAAUGGUUCAGUCAUUCACACCAAGGACCUAUACUGCCAUGGAGGAAAACCUCCAGCUCUGCAGGACUGUGAGGGCCGCCUCUGCCGUACUGUGUGGGAGGCUUCAGAGUGGUCCAAGUGUUCAUCAGAGUGUGGUCAUGGCGUUCGCAAACGAACAGUGUUGUGUAGAAACCCUCAGGGUCUAUGUGAUCCUUCAUCCCAGCCCACUCAACAGGAGUCCUGUGAAGACCACUCCAAAUGUUAUGAAUGGAAGACUGGAGACUGGUCCAAGUGCUCAUCAUCCUGCGGAAAAGGCCUGCAGUCACGAGUGGUCCAGUGUAUGCACAAAGUGACUGGUCGUCAUGGUGACAACUGCCCAGUGACACGGAGACCACUGACCUACAGACCCUGUCAGCAAGAUGCCUGUAAUGAAAAAGCUAAUGCAAACACCAUCACCUCCCCCAGUCUAGUCUAA